AUGCUGCGAAUCACUUCUCGCAUCUCAGCACUCUCGCGCACCCUGAAUUCUCGUAUUACGACUCCGUCGCGCCCUCAAUUCCUACCGUACAACAUGUCUGCCAACAUGUCCUCCAUCAUUUCCAAGGAUGCCUGCCCUCCUGCCGGCCCUUAUUCCCAAGCCAUUCGCGCAAACGGCCAAAUCUUCGUCUCCGGCCAAAUCCCCGCUGACGCUACCGGUGCCCUGGUGCAAGGCACCAUCGGCGAGCUGACCCAAGCCUGCUGCAACAACAUCAACGCAAUCCUGACCGCGGCCGGCUCCAGCGUGUCGAAGAUUGUCAAGGUGAACGUGUUCCUGACGGACAUGGCCAACUUUGCAGAGAUGAACGCUACCUACGAGAAGUUCUUUGUGCACAAGCCGGCGCGCAGCUGUGUUGCUGUGCACCAGUUGCCGAAGGGUGUGCUUGUUGAGAUUGAGUGCAUUGCUCUGGAGUAA